CGGGGAAGACGCCAAGAUGGCGACGAGUCACUCUUUCGACCUCGCGCAGGGCGGCGGCCCGCAGUACAGUGCCCAGCCUCCGACCCUUCCCCUGCCCACUGUGGGGGCCAGCUAUACCGCACAGCCCACUCCUGGGAUGGACCCUGCCACGAACCCGGCCUUUCCCCCAGCUGCCCCGUCAGGGUACGGUGGAUACCAGCCCCACUCCGGCCAGGACUUCACCUACGGCAGCCGACCCCAGGAGCCCGUCCCCACGGCCACCACCAUGGCUACCUACCAGGACAGUUACAGCUAUGGACAGUCAGCAGCUGCCAGGAGCUAUGAGGACAGGCCGUACUUCCAGCCUCCUGCCCUCCAGCCUGGGCACAUGACAGCCACAGACUCCUGCCAGCCAGGGACCCAAGAGGCCUGCGGGCAGCCCAGCCCCCAUGGCGGUCACAGCCACGCUCAGCCCCCACAGCAGGCGCCCAUAGUGGAGGACGGACAGCCAGCAAGCACCUUGUCCUCGGGAUACACCUACCCCACGGCGACAGGUGUCCAGCCCAAGUCCUCAGAGUCCAUCGUGACCUCCUACCCCCCGCCCUCCUACAAUCCCACCCGCACCGCCUACACGGCACCAAGCUACCCGAGCUAUGACGCGUCGGUGUACUCCGCCGCCAGCCCUUUCUAUCCUCCAGCGCAGCCCCCGCCUCCCCCGGGACCCCCUCAGCAGCUGCCCCCGCCGCCCAUGCCUGUGGGCUCAGGCAGCAGCCCCAGGGCCGACUCGAAGCCACCGCUUCCCAGCAAGCUGCCGAGACCCAAGGCCGGGCCCAGGCAGCUCCAGCUUCACUACUGCGACAUCUGCAAGAUCAGCUGCGCUGGCCCCCAGACCUACCGGGAACAUCUGGGAGGGCAGAAGCACAGAAAGAAGGAGGCGGCCCAGAAGACAGGCAUGCAGCCCAACGGGAGCCCGCGCGGAGUGCAGGCGCAGCUGCAUUGCGACCUGUGUGCCGUGUCCUGCACCGGGGUGGAUGCCUACGCGGCCCACAUCCAGGGAGCCAAGCACCAGAAGGUCUUCAAGCUGCACGCCAAACUGGGGAAGCCCAUUCCCACCCUCGAGCCUGCACCGGCCACAGAGAGCCCCGCCGGGGUGGAGGCCAAGCCCACAUCCCCCACUGGCCCCAGCGUGUGUGCCUCGAACAGGCCAGCACUGGCCAAGAGACCCGUGGCCUCGAAGGCCUCACGCGAGGGGCCUCCUGAGCUGCAAGCAGCAGGCUGCAGACCCCAGUGGGGGAAACCAGCCCGACCCAAAUUAGAGGAUCCGGGAGCACCUACCCAAGGAGGCUCAGAGGAAGCUCCCCUGGGCUGCUCUGAUGCGCAGCCGGUGGGCCCAGAAUAUGUGGAGGAGGUGUGCAGCGAGGAAGGGCGAGUGCUUCGCUUCCACUGCAAGCUGUGCGAGUGCGGUUUCAACGACCUUAACGCCAAGGUCCUGCAUGUGAGGGGGCGGCGGCACCGGCUGCAGUACCGGAAGAAAGUGAACCCGGACCUUCCCAUUGCCACAGAGCCCAGCAGCCGGGCUCAGAAGCUCCUGGAGGAGCGGAUGAGGAAGCAGCGGCGCCUGGCAGAGGAGCGGCUGGAGCAGCUGCGGCGCUGGCACGCAGAGAGGAGGCGGCUGGAGGAGGAGCCACCCCAGGACGUGCCGCCCCACGCACCGCCUGACUGGGCCCAGCCUCUGCUCAUGGGCAGGCCAGAGCCACCUGCCAGCGCCCCACUCCAGCCUGGGCGGCGGCCGGCGUCCAGCGAUGACCGGCACGUCAUGUGCAAGCAUGCCACCAUCUACCCCACAGAGCAGGAGCUCCUGGCCGUGCAGAGGGCCGUGUCCCACGCAGAGCGGGCCCUCAAGCUGGUGUCCGACACGCUGGCCGAGGAGGACCAGGGCCGCCGAGAGGAAGAGGGCGACAAGCGCAGCAGCGUUGCCCCGCAGACUCGGGUCCUGAAAGGCGUCAUGCGGGUAGGCAUCCUGGCGAAAGGCCUCCUCCUGCGUGGGGACAGGAACGUGCGCCUCGCUCUGCUCUGCUCCGAGAAGCCCACGCACGGCCUGCUGCGGAGGAUCGUCCAGCAGCUGCCCCGGCAGCUCCAGAUGGUGACUGAGGAUGAGUAUGAGGUCUCCUCCGACCCUGAAGCCAACAUUGUCAUCUCCUCCUGCGAGGAGCCCAGGAUGCAGGUCACCAUAUCCGUCACCUCACCCCUGAUGCGGGAGGACCCCUCCACAGACCCAGAAGGUGUGGAGGAGCCUCAGGCUGAUGCAGGUGACGUCCUGAGCCCCAAGAAGUGCCUGGAGUCCCUGGCCGCCCUCCGUCAUGCCAGGUGGUUUCAGGCUCGAGCCAGCGGCCUGCAGCCAUGCGUGAUCGUCAUCAGGGUCCUGAGGGACCUCUGCCGGCGCGUGCCCACCUGGGGGGCCCUGCCAGCCUGGGCCAUGGAGCUGCUGGUGGAGAAGGCUGUGAGCAGUGCGGCUGGGCCCCUGGGCCCUGGGGACGCGGUCAGGCGAGUCCUGGAGUGCGUGGCCACAGGGACCCUCUUGACAGACGGGCCCGGGCUCCAGGAUCCCUGCGAGAGAGACCAGACAGACGCCCUCGAGCCCAUGACCCUCCAAGAGCGGGAAGACGUGACCGCCAGUGCCCAGCACGCCCUGCGAAUGCUGGCCUUCCGGCAGACCCACAAGGUCCUGGGCAUGGAUCUCCUGCCGCCCAGACACCGGCUGGGGGCCCGCUUCCGGAAGAGGCAGCGAGGACCUGGCGAGGCAGAGGAGGGCGCAGGGGAGAAGAAGCGGGGCCGGCGGGGCGGAGAGGGGCUCAUGUGAGCCGCCUGCCUCCCCCACCUGCAGGCCUCCACAUCCCUGCACUCCUGGACAUGUGUGCGCUGACCAAUGGCUGCUUCAUCCCCGACGUUGGACAACGGUCAUUUCCUUUUGAGUAAUGCUCUGUAGGUUUCUUUUAAAACACCUGCGCUUCAGGCCGGGCGCCGUGGCUCAUGCCUUUAAUCCCAGCACUUUGGGAGGCUGAGUUGCUUGAGCCUGAGAGU